UGCUACCAAAUUAAGUUAUUAUGCAACGCUUGCUAUUGCACACUGGCCUUGGCCAUGUUGUAGGGAGGGGAGGAGCGGGGUCCUAAAAGAGUUCGCUGCCUCUCACGUUUCAUCACUUGAGCGCUCGACUACCCGGUCUCGGUCCUAGGACGCAUUUUAGGUGCGUGGAUGCAUACUUGCUAUCACUGACUACCUUUUUUUAUUGCUUUUAUCGCAUUUGCUGUGGUUUCCGGACGAGCAGGAGCCAAAAAGGUGAAAUAAGUGCGGUUUUCGCGAUGGGAGCACAGACCUCAUCGCAUCGGGACGGGAAGAGCCAAGAGGAUGCUUCAGCCAAGAAUCUGAGAUCAGCGGUGAACGCGAUUUUGGAGGUAGAUAGCGUCGUCGAAACCAAGUUCCAGCAGAAGAAUGGACAGAUCUCCAUCACCAGUCUGAAUGGGAAGGCAGAUGAACAGACAGAGCUCAAUGACCACUCAGAGGACAACACCCUAGCAGAGGAAGUUGAUGGCGUGUCCGUGUCUCGGAAGGAGGAGGUUCUUGAGACGAUGGACUCCCUCCAGGCUGUGGUGGCCUCUCAGGUGAACAGAGAGGAGGAGGAGAACGAGUCUUCUGAUGCCAACAACAUCACCAAGCCUGAAGAGAAGGUUGUUGAGGAGAAACCGGGCGAGGCCAAUGAGGUGGGCUUCAAGAAGAUCUUCAAUUUCAUCGGCUUCAAGUUCACUCUGAAGAAGGACAAGAAUGAGAAGACUGACCCGGUGCAGAUGCUGAAGUUGAUGGACAAGGAAGUGGAAGGAGGGACAAAGGGGUCUGAGGAAACUAAGGAGGAAGCCGCCACUGCAGAGGAGGGGAAGGCAGCGGAGCCAGAGACCGCCACUGUUGAGGCUGACUUCUCUGAAACCACAACUGAGGCUGCAACUCCAAUGGAUUCCCCAUCUCAGACUGUGGAUGGAGAGGCUGCAGAAAAAGUGCCCUCGGACCCAGCUGCAGCUGCAACUACCCCACAUGGCCAGGAGGCCCCCCUAUCCCCCUUCAGAAGGUUCUUUACACAGGGAAUCUUCUCCAAUCAGCGCAAGAAGGCAAGUAUCAAAAGUGCCAAAGAGAAGGAACCAAAAGAGAAAGCUGCUGAGGAGAUGAUAAAGGAGGGAGAGGAGAAAGCAGAGGCUGGGGUGGAGGAGGAGCGAGAGAAAGCAAAGGAAGGGGUGAAGGAGGUGGAGCCAGUGACAACACCAGAAACUAAGACACCUGAAGUAUCUGCGGAAGAGAUCAAAGAGGAGAUCCAAGCCGAAUUUGCCAUGGAAACCUCAGAAGCUGCUGUUACUGAUGAUGCCAAACAAGCGGAGGAGAAUGUUGAAGAAGCUGUGGAAUCAGACAAGGCCCCAGUUGAGGUCACCACCGAGGCUGAGCUUUUCUCAUCCCAGAAGAAGGUCAAGGCCCAGGGUAGCCCACUGAAAAAGCUGUUUACAGGGGCUGGCCUGAAGAAGCACUCUACCAAGAAACAGAAGAAAGACAAGAAAGAUACGGAGACCAAGCUGACUGAGUCUGGGGAACAGGCGGCUGAACAGCUCCAGUCCUCUACAGAGUCGGCAGAGGUCCAGAAACCUGACAGUGGGGCAUCAUCUCCAGAGGAGUCUGGUGAGCAUGCCAUCGGGGUGAAAGCCACCCAAGCUGAGGCCAGCCAAGAGGCUGAUGAGGAGGUAACAUGCUCAGACGAAGGGAAGAAGAAAGAAGGUAUAAUGCCCUGGUCCUCCUUCAAGAAGCUGGUGACACCCAAGAAACGAGUCAAGAGGCCCUCUGAGAGCGAGGACGAGGCAACUGUUGAGAAGGCCAUGUCGGCCACCCUGUUCUCCACUGACAGUGGCGUGUUUGUGGAGAAAAAGAAAGAGGAGCCGGAACUCCCUGAAGAGGAGCCAAAAGCCGAAACCACAGAGGACCUGGAAGGCACCACAGAGGACCCCAAAAAGAUGAAGAUGGACACCUCACUCUCCUGGGAGGCCCUGAUGUGUAUGGGCGGAAACAAGAAGAGGACCAGGAAGACCUCUGACUCUGAAGAUGAGGAGACCAAAAUCGAAGAGGAGGCACCAUCAACUGGGGAAGAGCAGGUUAAGACAGCAGUCUCUCCUUUUGGCAGCUCUGGAGAGGCAGAUCAGGAAAACACAGUGUCAUCCCCCGAACCAUCCACUAGCCCCGCCGCAGGAGACUCCACAUGGGAUACUCUCAAGCGUCUUGUCACCCAUAGAAAGAAGCCCAAAAAUGAGGAGAGGACAGAUGAAUCUGGUGGCGAACAGGUAAUCUCAGACAGUGAAAUUCCCAAAGAAGAUUCCUCCUUCUCUCUGAGGAAACUCAUUCCCGGACGCAGAAAGAAGAAGCUGCUUUCCUCCAAUCUGGGGUCUGGUGAGGAAGAUUCCGACACACCAGCCGUGGUCCCUCUCUCAGAGUACGACAAUGAGCACGCCGAGAGUAAAGAAGAGGCUGAAGCCGAAAUGACAGUAGAGACAAAGGACUCUGAGGAAGCAGCACCAAUCACUCAGGUCCAAUUGUCCAUUGAAGAGAGAUCCCCCUCUUGGAUCUCAGCCAGGGCUGUCAUGGAAAACCUCCAGGAGAUCCCACAUGAUCAUCUGAGUGACAUCCCAGAAGAGGGUGCCGCCACCCCCAAAUCUGCUGACACCACCAUCGCAGAGGACAUUGCAGAACAGACCUUAGAGGCAGUCCCAUGCCAAGAGCAGGAACCUGAGUUGUCUGUUGCCGAGGUGACUGCAAAUUCUGAUGCCAAGAACAUUUUAGAGCAGAUCCCAGAAACAGUCACUUGCCAGGAGCCUGAGCUGUCUGUUUUUGAGGUAACUGAAGAGAUGAUCCCAGCCACGUAUGGCGAAAGCACCCCUCUGCCCAAUGAGCCUGAGACAGAGUCUUUGGAGGUCCCGCAGGAGGCUGUGGAGCUGCUCAGUGAUCUUCCAAGCCUGACUUCUAUGGAAAUCAUAGAGAUCCAACUGGAGGAGGCUGCUUCCAUCCCAGAACCCACACCGCCGAUCAAGUUCACCGAAACCAAAUCAAAGGUUGUCUUGAUGGUGCAUGAAGAAAUUGAGGGUUCUGCCAUCUGCACUGACCUGGGCACCAAGGAGAUCACCAAGGUGGCUGUGGAGAAGCUUGUAAUUCCCAACAUGGAAUGUCUACCUGAGAUCAGCAAUGGUCUGUCCGCUGAGAUGCCGGUGGAAGAUAAGGCUGAUCCAACUGAGGUGGCUGACGCUAAUGAAGACCCAAUAUUCAAGGCUCAAGUGGAGCAGGUCAAAAGCAUAUUCCUGGAGCCGCCCCUAGAGGAAACUAUUGAAGACAUCCCAGAUCCUGAUAUAUCCACUGAGGGUAAAGAGCAUGAAGAUGAAAAGGUCGCCACGAUCAAUAAUAUCAAGAUGGAGGUUGAAAUUGUUGAGGCCCCUGCGGUGAAUGAGAAUAUCGUGGACCCCAUUGUACCAACUGUUGAAGACUCCAUUGCUGCUAACAUUGUGGAUGGCUCUGAGGCACCUGUCAUUGAGGUCAAAAGUAAAGAAGAGAUGGCCGCUGUCGAAGAGAUUGCUGCUGUAGAGGAGGUGAAUGAGCCUGCUGCCCAAGAAAUGGUCACUUCACUAACUGAUGCCAACCAGCCCACAGUCACUGAAGUGUGCGAGGCAGCCAGUGUUGCCCCUGCUUUAGAGUUUGCCAUUGUAAAGAAGACCACGUACCUCGUCUGCCCACUGUCCGAGUCCUUGGAAACCCAGCAAGUGGAGGUUACAGAGGCUGUGGCAGUGGAAAAGCUCUCAGUGGCAGUUGCAGAGCCCACUGGCGAUGACCAAAUUCAAGUGCAGGUGACUGAGGUUGGCAUUACAGAGGCUGAAGAGACAAAGGAGUCAGAGGCCAUGGAGGAGACGGGCUUGGUCAUCACUCAGGUGGUUAUCCAGAGUGCUGUGAAGAAAGUGUCUGAAGCAGAGUUUGAACCCAAAGCGCCUGCCUCUGCCACUGCUACCAUCACAACUGAAGAUGCACUACCAGUCCAGGCGGUAGCAACGAUAGAGAAAGAGAUUGAACUAGUAGCAGAGGAGAAACCUGUCAUUGCUGAAACACCUGUAGUCCAAGUUGAGGAACCAGCACCAGAAACCCCAGCAGAGGUGUCUACUACUCCAGAGGCACCAGCCGAGGCUGAAAAACCACCAAAGGAAGUCCACGAGGCUGUCCAGGUCAUUGAGACCAUUCCAGUCACAAUUGAAAUCACAAAGAGUAUCAUGGAAGAGUUUACCAAGGAGGUGGAGUAUGUUCUCAAAGAGGAAGUAGAGGAAAUUAAACAUGAAGUGGAAUUAAAGCAAGCAAUGGAGGUCAAUGUAAGUGUGGAGAAAGUUGUUGAAGUUGUAACAGAGGUGGAACAGACAGAGAGUGAGACAGAUGGAAAGGCAGAGGAGGAGAUCAAAGAGGUAGAGGGCAACAUUGAGGCAUUAGAGGUUCAGGAAGUUCCACAAUCUGAGGUAGAGGAAGUAGUUAAGGAAUUCCAACUUGAGGUUCAACAAGCUGAGGUAAUAACAGUGGUUCAGGAAGUGUUAGCAGAUGUUCCCACUCCAGAGACAGCUGAAGAGAAGUCAGAAGCAACAAUUGUGACAGAAGAGACCCCAGUCCCAGAUGCCCCCACAGAUACUGCUGAAGUCCCAGCCCAGCCAGAGGGGACAACUGCAGAGGUCGUAGUCCCACAUACCACACAGGUGGUCAUACAGGCAACAGAGAUCAUUGAAGAGGCAGAGGAGGAAAUCAUGGUGGAGGUGGUAGAAAAAGAUGCCAUUGUAAGCUCACCAGAGACAAAGGAAGCUCCGGCCAAAGAAGACACAACAGACCCUGAACAAAUGCCAGACAUCCCCACCCCUGAACCCACCCCAGAUACCCCCGCCCCUGCUCCAACUGUUGCCGAUGUUGUCGAAACAAACAUGAAAUACGACAGUGCCGCAGUUCUGGGACAGGUAUCGGAUGGCCCCCAGACAGCACUGGAAGAGCAUCAAAUGUAUGUUUCAAUAGAGGCUGUGGCUACCAUCCAAGAUGCCCCCGUUAACAGCAUGGAAGAGGAGGUUGCUGUUGCCAUGGCUGUGACAGUUGCCAGCCCAGUGGAGGCAGCGGCAGAGAAGGCGACGUCGGUGAAGUGUGCGGAGGUGAUGGUGCAGGUGAUUGAGGAGGUGGUGAAGGAGAUCAAACCUGUCUCCUAAGAGCUUAAGGCAGCAUUGUGAGCAGCUGUAGAUGCAAGAUGGUUGACUGGAAGACCGACUGUCCUGACCAGGAAGGGAGUGAUAGUGAAAAAGGGAGCGAAUGCUCUAUGGAGAAACACACUGAGACUCAGCUCCAACAAACCCUGCCAAGAGUGACAACUUCACCCCUCUCCUUCCCCCCUGCCCCCUUCACCCCCUGUCCUGCAGCACUAGCCCCUUCACACAGAGGUGACCCCUCCCCACCCCUGGGGUGAAGCAUCAAUCCCCCUAAACACACACUAAGCCACUGUCCUAGUCCCACACAUCUGAAGCUUCCCACCUGGCUGAUUAUCAAUGUGAUGUACGCUUCCUGUCUUGAUGAGCUUCCAUCGCCCUUGCUGCAACUCGGGAGUAUGCUGUCCCAUGAAGAGUGGUGUGUGUGUGUGUGUGUGUGUGUGUGUGUGUGUGUGUGUGUGUGUGUGUGUGUGUGUGUGUGUGUGUGUGUGUGUGUGUGUGUGUGUGUGUAUAAAGUGAGUUCGAGGAUUAUUAUCUUGUUUAUUGUAUUUAUAUUUUGUGAGUAUUUUCUCAUUCUCCCCAUCCUUUAUCUUUGCUAUUUCUGAUUGUAUAGAAUAUGUUCCCUAUUUUCUCAUAUAUAUGUAAAACAAAGUCUACCUUAACAAUGGUACAGAUGUGAUUUCAAUGGCAGGGUCCGGUAUCAUUGACUACAGAGGAUGACUUAAUGUGAAUAGACAGGGCGUGAGGUGAAAGCCUAUAGAAGUGCAACAAUCUUAAACUUUAACCUUUGACAUUGUACUUACCUUCAGCUUUCAGCCUGACAAUAUAUUGUCUGCUCCUACUGUAGAUAAAACAUACUUCACUGUCUGACUGACUGUGAAAAAAGUAUUGUUACUUUCUGAAAUAUAUGGUGUGUAGAAAUACAAUAAAACACUAUAAUACACUGUAAUGCAAAUUUUGCUGAGAUAACAAGGCCUAGGAGGAUGUAAAGGCCAUGUACUCUCAUGCAAUGCCAUGCCAAUUGGCCACAAAGUGGCGCUAUAACAAGCGAUUGAAAAGGGAAACUCCCCUCACCCCAUGUGACCUAAAGUCCUGAAAUUCAGUACAUAGGUCCCUCCCCUCACAAGGAACAAAUUUGCCUCAAGAACACAUAAUGGGUUCCAUGAUGAAUUAUUCCCUAUUUUUAAUUUUGUGGAAAAACACUCGAUACUCCUCUGGCACUGAAUGAUCGAUCUCCACAGAACUUGGUACAUGGCAUCUACAAACAAAUUUAGGAAAAAACAAAGGCUAACAUUUCUUCCAUGAAGGGUAUCUAUAUUAUUAUGAAGGUAAGUUAAUGUUUUCGUUAUGAAGAUUGCAUUUACACUGAUUUGUCUAUCUAAAUAACUAGGGUUUUGAAAUGUCAUCCUAAGGCUUGCUUGAUACAGUAUACAGUACAAGUACGCCAAUAGUUUUUGCAAUAAUGUGUUUUAAGAACAAGUACUAAUGCAUGCGCUGUGUAACGUUGAUAUAGUCCAUCGGAAAGGUUAUUUCUCAACAGGUUACAUCUGACACAAACAUUUCUAAACUAUCUUGAGUGGCGUAGCGGUCUAAGGCACUGCAUCUCAGUGCUAGAGGCAUCACCACAGACCCCUUGGUUUGAAUCCAGGCUGUUUCACAACUGGCCGUGAUUCUGAGUCCCAUAGGGCGGCGCACAAUUGGCCCAGCGUCAUCCAGGUUUGGCCGGUGUAGGCCAUCAUUGUAAAUUAGAUUUGUUCUUAACUGCUUUGCCUAGUUAAAGGUUAGUAAAAUAACAACAGUUAUCUUAUAAAUGAGCAAAGUAGGCAAUAAAUGAGCAAAGUAGGCAAUGCAUCUGAAGUUAUGUUAAACUACAUUUUUAGCUAUUUCAAGAAUGUUUAUAUGAGGCGAAGUAGUGUGAAAUUCUGUCAUAAGCAAAAUAUAAAUCGGUGUUUUUUUUCCUGGUGCCACACCAGUAAUGCUUUCUUGACCUUAAGUAAACAAUGUAGUAAAUUAGGCCAAAUUUUACCAGAACGAAUAUCGACAAAGGGUCUUGGAGUAUGUGUUCAUGUAGGAUAACUUUUGAGAAUGAAUGGUGAUAUACCACACAUUUUCUUUGUUUGAUGGCAAUGUCAAUAAAUAACAUAGUUAGGUGGCGA